UUCCGCUUGGAGCACAGCAUUACAGCCCAGGCCGUUCCGCCGAGAGGCCGACCCACCAAGCGACGCGUUUGCAUUCCUGCGGUCUUGCGCUCCCGCUCCCCGCUGCUUGUCUUGCUCAAAACGUCACCUCUACACACCACGACCGUCUCCAAAUCUCUCCCAUCCAGCAACGGCCGUGCCAAUCAUGGCGACCCUCGAGGCGGCGCCAACAAUGGCCGAGCUUGACACGCUGCUGCUCGACGCGUCGAGCUUCUCGAGCAGCACCCCGUCGGACAGGUCUUCGGCCAAUUCUGCAUCCCUGAGCUCAACACCCCCAACGACAAUCUCGCCCGACAGCAUGUCUCUCGCCUCGGAGCCCGAUGCCGCCAAACCCUUAAGCGCCGCAGCAUCCAGCAUUGAGGCCGUCAUCGCCUCGCCAAAGGCCCCAGAGACCGCACAGCAAAACGAGCCCAGGCAGCAGACCCCCGUGGGCCACGAUGCCAUCGUCGUUGCUGAACAACCUCUUCCGGCCGAGCCGCCCUCGAACAGCCGCCCUCGACGGGCUCGCUCGAGUUUGCCGGUGUACAACCUUGCCAGACUCGCAGGCACCGACGUGCAUGGUAGACGACGGUCAAAGGGUGACGCGGGGCUGGAAAAGAGACGCCGCACCGUCUCGGAAGCCACACUCGCUGCUCCUCACGAUGGAGCCACGAGCGAUUCGACCGACGCGCCCGCCGGAACAGCUCAGAGUCCCGCUCGCAUCGCGCCCGGCGCGUUGCCCGCGUCGCCGACCACGACACGGACGGCGACGCGUCUCAGCACGCCCAGGAGCGCGCGAAUCUCCAAGAAAUCACGGUCAAUCCGAGCAUCGCCGCAUUUGACGCGUCGGUCGACGCGUCUUUCCGGCGCCCCUGUUGAGGAUCUUGCGACCAAGUUGUCGGCCCUCAACAAGCGGGGCAAGAAGGCUGCCCAAAAGGCUCUCGGUGGAUUGUCGCGCGAGCUUAAACGGCUGCAAGACACGAACGAGUUUUUGCACAUUGACACGCGUCCUGUUCGGUACACGGUCUGGAGCAAUGGCAAAUACGUCGACACCGACCCUAGCCAACCGACUGCGCCCGAGCCGCCGCGAAAGAAGGUCAAGGUCGACAAGAAUGCUGCUGGUGAACAAGAGACCUCGGAGACCGGGAAGCCGGAGGCUGGCGUGCCGGCGACCAACAAGCCGCGCGUGAAGAAGUGGCUCGAGAAAGGCCUCUACGCCGGCCAGGAGGCGCCCGUCGACAUCUUCCAGGGUCUUACGGCCCAAGAAAAGAAGAAGCUCGCCUCAAUUCCAGAACUCCUGCGAAGCAGCAAGCCGAACCGCACGUUCCCGCUGCCCAUGUACAACGGCCUGCGCAUCCUCAUUCACGGGCGUGAUUUCAAACUGCCCUUUGAUAUCUGCAAUCCGCUGCCGCCUGGACAGCCCAAACCCGCUGCAUACCGCACCAUGACAAAGAACCGGUUCGUUGGCAACGCGGCAGCGUACUGGAAGAAGACACCUCAUUUUGGGGACUUCGCAUCCAAGUGCGUCUGCAAGCCGGAAGAUGGUUGCGGCGAGGACUGCCAGAAUCGCAUCAUGUUGUAUGAGUGCGAUGAGACGAACUGCAACAUCGGCAGGGAGUACUGUACCAACCGGGCCUUUCAAGAUCUCCAAGAACGCACCAAAAAGGGUGGCCGGUAUCGCGUGGGCGUUGAGGUGUUCAAGACCCCCGAUCGCGGUUAUGGCGUCCGCAGCAACCGCUGCUUUGAACCAAACCAGAUCAUCAUGGAGUACACGGGCGAGAUCAUCACGGAGGAGGAGUGUGAGCGGCGCAUGAACGAGGAAUACAAAGAUAACGAGUGCUACUACCUCAUGUCCUUCGACCAGAACAUGAUCAUUGACGCCACCACCGGUAGCAUCGCGCGGUUCGUCAAUCACUCGUGUUCGCCCAAUUGCCGGAUGAUCAAGUGGAUUGUAUCCGGUCAACCGCGGAUGGCUCUGUUUGCGGGCGACCGUCCCAUCAUGACGGGCGAGGAGCUCACGUACGACUACAACUUCGACCCCUUCUCUGCUAAGAACGUGCAGAAGUGUCUUUGUGGAAGUGCGAACUGCAGGGGCGUCCUCGGACCCAAGCCCAAGGAGGUGAAACCUCCCAAGCAGCCGCCCAAGCAGCCGUCCGAGCAAGAGAAGAAGCUCGGCAAGGGUUCUUCAAAGGUUUCUGCGAAGGGCACAGGCAAGGGCUCGGCAAAAGCGCCAGGACAAUCCAGCGCCAAACCUUCCGCUAAACGGAAGCUGAAAGAUGCGUUUGAGUUUGACGGAGAUGAUGAAGUGGCCGCCGGGACGGCCAAGAAGCGCAAGCUCGCGGCCACGGUUGGCCCCAAGCGGACACUAUCCUCCGCAAGUCUCAAAGGGGUGAAAGGAGCGGCAAAAGGGGCGGCCAAGAAGGCGACCAAGGGGGCGACCAAGGGGGCGGUUACCGCCAUCAAACGGGGUGGCCUGAGCAUCUCAGUUGCGGCCAAGAAGCGAGGCCUGAGUUCCAAGUCAGCAAAGACCAAGACAGUUAAAAAGGGGGCUACUACUACUGCACUCGGACGAAUCAGCAAGAAGACCACCUACGGAAAGAAAUCCCAGACCGUCGCGACGGCGACGACGACGAAAGCCCCGAAACCGAAGGCCGCCGCCCCCUCUAGAAGCCCGAGCCUCACCAUUGUCGCCGCCGGCGUCGAGUCUGCCGCGUCGGCCUCUGCUACCGCCACCCCCGUUCCCCAGACGACGCCCCGGAAGGCUGCUGCCGCGAUCCCGGCCUCCUCCUCCUCCCGCAAGCAGCUGCCGAAGCUGACCAUCUCCGGCGGCAAGACGUCGGCGCGGAAGUGGACGCCCUCGCGCAAGGCCAUCGAGGCUGGCCUGGCCGACAAGAGCCCCGCGGCGGCGGCGUCGGCCAAGUCGUCGGGUGCGAGUGAUGGUGCUCAGAAGACGGGCAAGGGCCUGGACCUGAGCCGCACCCCGAAGAUCAAGCUGGUCAAUGCCACUAAGUCUAACUGAGCGGGCUUUUCCCUUCCGUUUUUCUUCCCCUCUUUUUAUCUUUUUUGCUGAUCUUCGAGUUGCCGAGGUUGAUGGAUGGCUACGUUGGGGCGGUUGCUGGGGACAAGGGCACGGUACCGGAGAAGGAAAAACAGUUUCAGAGGCGUGGAUGGGAAAGGGGGCUUCAGGGUUCGGCGUUCGGCUGGCUUUUUCCUGUGCUUUCCAAAGACUGCUGCUGCAUGGGAGGUACUUCGGUGGUGGACUUCGUGCACGAGCUGGACGGCGGAGCAGUGCCGUACAACACAAGCAUAUUUAACCUACGUACUUAGGUAGUUACUAUCGGGAGGUCUGAAGGAGCGCGGCUUGUCCAUUGUCCUUGGCUACACAGUUUGCAGCCGUCUCCCUGGUCGAGCUCAACCUUAGCCGAAGCGGGAUUCUAUCGAGUUUAAAAGGCUUGACGCGGUUACCUAUUCCGGAGCUGUUCCCCAAUCGGUUUCCGGUGGUGCGAGGGCCAGGAACACAUGUUCUGAACUAUCUUGCCCCAUGUGUGUUCAUCCAGUUUGAAGUCUUUGGGAGGUGGCGAGGGGGGAAGCCUCAACUGCAAAGCAAACCAGCACGUUGCUGGCGAGCUGUGUGGGCUCGGUGAGGAAAGGGUUUAAGCUUGGCAGGCGCUUCACCGAAGGUGUGGGGUUCAUUGUCACCUUCGCCUAUCGCGCCUACUUUACAGUCGCAUAGUGCGUCCUAGAGAGCCCCAGAAUAACGGGGUGUGUUGCGCACCCCCUUACCUCACUACCUGCUGGAUCUUAAAGAGGUCCCGCCAAGACUAAUU